AUGUCGACCGAAAACCAGGAGGAGCGCGUCUCGGCGACGCCCUGCAGCCCCGCCUCCGCUCCGCCGGCCAUCUCGUCCGCCCCCGGCGCCGCCUCCGACGCCGCCCCCGACGCCACAGAGCUGGUCGACCUGUCGCCCUGCACUCCCCCGCCGCCCCCGGCGCUGGCGUCCGGCUCGCCGCCCGUCGUCGAGCUGCAGCUGGAGCUGCCGGGGGCGGGCGCCGAACAGGCGGCGCCGCCUCCUCCGCCUCCGGGCGCCGCCGCCGCCGCCGCCGCAAGGCCUCGCCGCUCCGUCAUCCCGCGGCAGCUGAAGAGGAACAGCGUGGCGCCCGCGCCGCGGGAGCCCCUGAGGACCCGGCAGGCAGCCAAGCAGAGUAGCGGCGGCUGCCUGUUCCCCGACACCCUGAGGCCCGCGGACAAGCCGCGCGACGCCCUGCAGACCUACUUCCACCAGCUCGACAGCCCGGAGUGGGAGGUGGCGAUGCAGGGCCUGCAGACGCUGGUGCGGCUCUGCAGGCACCACCCGGACACCGUCCAGGCGAACCUGCACGCCGUGCUGGUGGCGCUGGGGCGCCAGGUGCGCAACCUGCGGUCGCAGGUGUCGCGCGCCGCCUGCCAGGCGGCCGGCGAGCUCUUCCUCGCGCUCAAGCGAGCCCUGGAGACGGACCUGGACGAGCUGGUGGUGCCGCUGUUCCACCGCGCCGCCGACACCAACAAGUUCCUGAGGGCCGACAGCAACGCCGCCCUGGACCGCAUGGUGGAGACCAUCAGCACGGGCCGCGCCAUAGCCGCCAUCUGCUGCAAGGGCGCCACGCACCAGCACGCGCUGGUGAGGACGACGGCAGCGCGCCUGCUGGCGGGCGUGGUGACCAGGCUGGGAGCGGAGCGGACCAUGUCGCUGCCCAGGGACACACGAGACAAGGUGCUGCUCACCGGGGCCAACCUGCUCACCGAGGGCAGCCUCGACACCAGGUGCCACGCCAAGCAGAUGUUCCGCGUGCUGGCGGCGCAGCACAACCUGGUCUUCGUCAUGACGGAGGUGGUCCCUCCGCCGCUCAUGCGCAACAUCGCCAAGACGCUGCAGGCGCUCAAGUGAGCACCGUCUCUCUCUCUCUCUCCCUCUCCUUUCUUCCUCGUCGCUCCUCUUCAUGCAGCAGCCGGCCAGGCCCUGGGACCCCAGCGAUGUCUGCAAGCGCAGGCCGCGCCGGGCGAGACGACACCGCAGCGGUUCCGCGUUGCCUUCCGCCGCUCGGUCGUGAAGGGACAACAUUCGACCCCGCUGGGAGAAGAACCCGGCACUCUUGGCACACUCACCAGAAGCUCCGAACAAUUUGCAACUAACUGAUUUAUAGUAUUAACUAAAAUGUAUACUUAUUUUAGUAAAUUUAUCUAAAAUAGACUAUUAUUGACUUUAUGACAUUUCUCUUUGCCUAGCAACGUUCUUGUCAUGCAGGCAAUCAAAGAAGGACUGCAAGUUAUAUAAACAGUAUUUUUUUUUAAAUUCCUAUUUUAUUAAUAAUAUUUUAAUUUAUUCUAUGCAAGUCGUUUAAAAAUUAUAAGGAACUAGGCUGAAAAUACGUUAAAAUUAUGUGUGUGCUUUACUUAAACUUUUAGAAAUUUUGAAUUUUUAUUUGCUAUGCCCUGUUAUCUUACCGCUUGGUAAUGUUUCAGCACAAAAUACGCAUAAUCCGGGUUCACGGUAAGAUAAAUACGUUUUAUUUCACAAAUUAACAGUCUUACGAAGUUUUCUUCUGAAAAAAGAGUGUUGACCAAUCCCACAGCUUUCUAAGAAACCGUAAUAAUUGCGUGAACAAUCUAUAAGUUGUAUGCAGUAACAUUUAUUUACACACAAUUAUCGUGGCAUAUCGUUUGGUAUUUUUUCCAUGAUUUCUUGUAACGGCAGCCACAAAACUAAUGCACAAACUAAUUCACCGUCCAGAACGGAUAAAACUGUCACUACCCUGAUACGAUGUCACAAAAUCUCUUGCACGCAUGGAGCCUAAUACGUAAUUUUUGAGCGACGAAUGUUUUAGCACGAUAAGUGUUAAGUGGAACACGAGGCAACCAAUUGAUGUACAACACUAAUCUAAGCUUGCAAAACCUGCCCGGUAAUAUUUAUUUUAUACUAAUGAACAUAUUUUACGUAUUAACGUGACAUAUUCGGACUACGUAUUGUUCUUUUAACAACUAUUUUCCUUCUGCGGUAAUUUCGUAUGAACUUAAAAACAUAAAAUAAACUGGCAGUUGAUCGCUGGUAGUAACACAAAAAAAGUUGAAUUGAUAAAAAAAUACGUAAUUGUUGUAACCAUACACUAUUUUUUCAAGGAUAUAUUCCAGGAUUCACAUUUUGAGGUUUAAGUAUUUGUGUGUUGUCCGUUGUAGGAAUAUUCUUCAUUGUUAAUUUAAAUUUUCUUGAAUUUGGAGUAUUUUUUGUGAAACCAAAUGUACACUUUUAAACGGCAUUAUUUCAGUUUCAUUAAUGGUUUUAAUGUUGGGUAUUAAACACAAAUUAGAAGUGUAGUGAAAGUGAGUUGAUUGCCACGUGUUUUUGAAUGUUCGUCAAAGUGUGGCCACAGAGAAUCGACAGUUUUGUAAUACGAAUUUUGUAACAUGUCAAGCCGUCCUAUUUGAGUUACUUAGUGUAAAUAGCGCGAGGCUACAAACAUACUUCUAUCUAGUAUAGAUUGCAGUAAAAAGCUUUUCAUUAUAGCCGAGCUAUUGGAAACACAGUUAUUGUUGAGUUACCUGUGACAAUAUAUCGCGGAAAGUGCUUUGUAAAGUGUUUGUACUAUUAUUGUUUUUAUUUUGCAUGUUGAAGUAAUAUUCAGGUAUGAUAUUU